UGUCGUACCGAGGGUCUUCCAUUCUUGUAGAAUUUCAUGGGGCAGAUGUACAUACAUACCUUUACCUGGAUUGUUUCACCGUUGCCACUCUACUUUGGUGAAACACUCCCUACCCACCUAAUUGAACUUUUUCGAGUGUCGUUGAUCAGCAGCGAACACCGACCAGCGGCUGCGGGGGAAGCUUGCCCCGCUUUCGCCGGGCCCCACUGCUUAGGAUCUCCGGGUCCUCGGGGGCUUGCUGACAUCAUCCCGAAAUUUUGCUUGCCGCAAAAACCGCUCGGCAGCCGACGUGACGAUGCACCGAAAACCCGGCGACGACGGACAUCACCAACCUUAACCUUCGUAUGCCGCGACUACGCUGCUCCAACGCGCCCGCAACGGCAACCCUUUUCAUCCAGCUCAGUAUGCGCCGGCAGGCCGUCUUGUGUGGGCUCCCGAUCCUGGAUGUCCUGCUACCCGUGCCUUCCCGGGCAGCCCGCGCCCCGUUCAUCCGCGCCCAUCACGUUGCGUCGGCGGGAAGAAUAGCCGAUGCGCAUCGCCAUGCGCCAUCUCCCACCUCACUGGGACAUAGACCAGGUAGAGGCGAAACACCACCCAGCGUGAUACCGAAGGCCCGGACAACGCCACUCCACCCUCUCUCGCGCCCCUUCAGUACCUCCUCUCCGCGGCGUGCAACCCACGCCAUCUACAACCCCCAAGUCGACGACGAUGGGAAGGAUAUGGUAUUGGAAAUCACCCAGCGCGCAGCGAAGCGCCUCUCCCAGAUCAUGGCCAAAGACGCCAACCCCAACCUCGCCCUCCGGAUCCAAGUCGAAAGUGGUGGGUGCCACGGAUUUCAAUAUCUUAUGAAACUCGUGACACUGCCCCCGUCACUCCCUACUCAGAAAUCGUCCCCCCCCGGUACAGACGAUGACUCGGCCGCUAUCCACGAGGACGAUACCAUCUUUACAUAUGCCCCCGACGGCAACCUUGCGGAAGGAGACCUGACGGCGCCCAAGAUCAUACUUGAUUUUCCCUCGUUGGAGUUAUUGAAGGGCAGCAAGGUUGACUUCACCAUGGAACUCAUUGGGUCGCAAUUCAAAAUUGUGGACAACCCUCUCGCGACGAGUAGUUGUGGAUGUGGUACAAGCUUUGAUAUCAAAGUAUGACACAACUACAUCUCUUCUAGAACCGGCUGAGGCAUGGGCCGACAGACAGCGGUACGGAAUUGUACACUACUACAUAGACACGGAAGGCAUACAGGCAGUAUUGAUGUCAGGCGAAGGCGCUGGCAACUCUGUAGAUUCGGUCGUGUCCCAGGCAACGGCAGUAGACUAGAACAGAA